CAACGCGAGUGCCACCACUCAUUUAACCAUCUUUUCUUCCACCUGCAUGCUUGUGGAAGGAUAUAUAAAAAGAAGAACAGACAUACACAGCAUAAGAGAUACACACACAGUAAGAGCUCUAAUCUGUGUGAGCUCUAAUCUGGGUGAAAAAAACCUAUAUAGCUCUCCUCCUUAGAAUAUCUUAUGAUCAACAUGGCUUUAUUGGAGAUGAACCCGAGGGCCAAAGCAGUUGCAGCAACAGCAGCAUGGGUGGUCUGCUGGAGCAUCUUCACGGCAAGUGACUUGGGCAAUGCUGAGAGACUCUUGAGAGCCACCGAGCCAGGAUACGUGGUUGAGAAAGAAAUGAGACAUGGAUUUUUUGUCAGGGUCAUUCAUUUCUUCUGGCAGAGUGGGAAAUCUUCUUAUGAACAUGUGUGGCCGGAGAUGCAGUUUGGCUGGAGACUGGUUGUGGGAUCGAUAAUUGGAUUCUUUGGUGCAGCUUUGGGGAGUGUUGGAGGCGUAGGAGGCGGUGGAAUUUUUGUUCCAAUGCUUACUUUGAUCAUUGGUUUCGACCCCAAGUCUUCUACAGCCAUUUCUAAAUGUAUGAUCAUGGGUGCAGCAGGAUCAACGGUAUACUUCAAUUUGAGACUAAGACAUCCAACAUUAGACAUGCCUCUAAUAGAUUAUGACCUGGCAUUGCUCUUUCAACCCAUGCUCAUGUUGGGCAUCAGCAUCGGAGUUGCCUUCAAUGUAAUCUUUGCUGAUUGGAUGGUCACUGUUCUGCUUAUCAUCCUCUUCAUAGGUACAUCAACUAAAGCAUUAUUCAAAGGCAUAGAAACAUGGAAAAAAGAGACAUUGAUGAAGAAGGAAGCAGCCAGGCUGGAAUCAGAAUCCAAACCAGUUGAGGGUUCUGGAGAGGAAUACAAACGACUACCAAGUGGUCCGGCUGCUUUGGUAGAUGAAGAUGUUCCCUUGAUGUAUAACAUAUACUGGAAAGAGUUAACACUGCUGGUGUUUGUGUGGAUAGCUUUCCUUGCUGUUCAGAUCAUUAAGACAUAUACUGUAACCUGCUCCAUUGCAUUCUGGAUCCUGAACUCCUUGCAGGUGCCUAUUGCCGGAUCUGUUACACUUUAUGAAGCCAUAUGCUUAUACAAAGGCACUAGGGUGAUUGCGUCCAAGGGAAAGGAAAUCACAAAUUGGAAGGCACAUAUGCUUUUUCUUUACUGUUGCUGUGGAAUAGUAGCUGGUAUGGUAGGUGGAUUGCUUGGUCUAGGCGGAGGCUUCAUCUUAGGACCCCUUUUCCUUGAACUCGGAAUUCCUCCUCAGGUAGCAAGCGCAACAUCAACUUUUGCAAUGGUAUUUUCAUCGUCCAUGUCAGUUGUACAAUAUUACCUUCUGAAUCGUUUCCCAGUCCCAUAUGCUGCUUAUUUUGCUUUAGUUGCUACUGUUGCUGCCCUUGCUGGCCAGCACGUGGUGAGAAGGGUCAUAGCGCUACUUGGCAGGGCAUCCAUAAUUAUCUUCAUACUGGCUUUGACAAUCUUUGUGAGCGCAAUCAGUUUAGGUGGGGUUGGUAUAGCAAAUAUGGUAGAGAAGCUGGAGAAUCAAGAGUACAUGGGGUUUGAAAAUUUUUGUUACCAGACUUAGAUAUGCUUAUCCUGCCACUGUGGAAUUUCUCAAAUAACUAUAUCCACACUAUGUUUAUCUUUACAUAGUCAACUAUUUAUCCAUUUAUUGUCAAACAAAUAUCAUUACUUCUUUAUGUUUAUUGAUGUCCUAUUCAAUGUAACAGUUUGUCCUCAACAUCCACAGCAGAACUCCAUCACGUUUUCUGCCUCUGUUAGUAAUUAUUCUUAUGUAAAAAACUUGGCAAAGACCUUUGUUUGAAUGGUUAUGUAAGAAAAUCAUUCUGUAUAAUAUUAGUAAACCGAUGCCAAGGCUUUACA